CUGUGUCGGAAGUCGAGAACGCGCCGCAGGUAAACCACAGGUGUGUUGUAGCGCAGUUUGAAGGAGACGUACCCGGACCACGCCACCUUGAGUUCCGAAGUUCAUCAAGACUUCACUUCGUUGAAGAUGGAGUGAGAGCAGGAACACAAGUCAUCAAGUCUAAAAGGAGAAGCUCCGUUUCUUCACACUAGUUUUUUCCCCUCUCUUAUCAACUCCAAAUGCGGAUGGAUUGAUUGAUAUCCAGUUGGACUGCUGUGUAUUGGCUAUGGAUUUGUGCACCAUGGAUUUAAGGAUUACAAGACAAAGAGGAUUUUUACUCUUCAUUUUCACAUGUUCAAGUCUCCUGCAUGGCUCCAGGGGGGAAAUCCCAAGCAAACCCACCGGCGGGGUCACAAUUCUGCCACCGAUUAAGCCCGACAAUGGCCCCCAGGCAUUUCCCGAUGCCGAAAAGGAGAAUAUGCCAGUGUUUACAAUGAAUUACUCAAGAAUACAGAUACCAUUUGAGAUCACUCUUUGGGUGCUUCUGGCUUCAUUCGCAAAAAUUGGUUUCCAUGUGUACAAAAAGAUCACUGUCUGGGUGCCAGAGUCCUGCCUCCUGAUCACCAUUGGUCUGAUCGUGGGGGGCAUCAUGCACUCUGUCCACGAGGAGCCACCUGCUGUGCUCCGCAGCAACGUCUUCUUCCUCUACAUGCUUCCCCCGAUUGUCCUCGACUCGGCCUACUUUAUGCCCACCAGGCCAUUUUUCGAGAAUAUUGGCACGGUGCUGUGGUUUGCAGUGGUUGGGACUCUGUGGAACAGCAUCGGCAUCGGCAUGUCCCUGUAUGCCAUAUGCCAGAUCGAGGCGUUCGGUGUGCAGGACAUCAACCUCCAGGAGAACCUGCUGUUUGCCACCAUCAUCUCGGCCGUGGACCCCGUGGCCGUGCUGAGCGUGUUUGAGGACGUGUCGGUGAACGAGCAGCUCUACAUCGUGGUGUUCGGGGAAUGCCUCUUCAACGAUGCCGUCACUGUGGUGUUGUACAACAUGUUCAACUUCGUGGCGGAGAUGCCGGUGGUGGAGCCAGUGGACGUUUUCCUCGGGGUGGCGCGGUUCUUUGUGGUCGGGUUUGGCGGGAUGGGCUUCGGCAUCUUGUUUGGCUUCACGGCCGCCUUCACCACAAGGUUCACCUCCAGGGUCCGAGAAAUCGAGCCGCUGUUCAUAUUCAUGUACAGCUACCUGGCCUAUCUGGUGGCAGAACUUUUCUCCAUCUCGUCCAUCAUGGCCAUUGUGACAUGCGCGCUCACCAUGAAGUACUACGUGGAAGAAAACGUCUCCCAGCGUUCCUGCACUACCAUUCGCCAUGUGGUCAAGAUGCUCGGCUCCAUCGCCGAGACCCUCAUCUUCUUCUUCCUGGGGGUCGUCACCAUAACAACAGAUCAUGAAUGGAACUGGGGCUACAUCCUGUUCACGCUGCUGUUUGCUUUCGUGUGGAGGGGUCUGGGUGUCUUGGUGCUGACUCAGAUCAUCAACCCUUUCCGCACCAUUCCAUUUAACUUUAAGGAUCAAUUUGGUUUGGCCUACGGUGGUCUACGAGGUGCAAUUUCCUUCGCCUUGGUCUUCACUCUUCCCGAUAGCAUCGGCCGCAAGCAGCUGUUUGUCACUGCCACCAUCGCUGUCAUCCUCUUCACCGUCUUUCUCCAGGGCAUCAGUAUCCGACCUUUGAUCGAGUUCAUCAACGUCCGCAGGACCAACCGCAAUCUUGACACCAUCAAUGUGGAGAUUCACUGCAGAAUCAUGGACCACACCAUAGCCGGCAUAGAGGACCUCUGUGGGCAGUGGAGCCACUUCUACUGGAAGGACAAGUUUAUGAAGUUCAACAACCAAAUACUGCGGAAGAUCCUGAUCAGAGACAACCGCGCUGAGUCCAGUAUUGUGGCGCUGUACAAGAAGCUGGAACUGCAGAACGCCAUGGAGAUCCUGGACGAUGUGUCCGGGGACAUCAGCGCCGCUCCGUCCGUUGUCUCUCCCUACGAGGCUAAACCGAAGAGGAAGUUCCUGGCUCCUGACCUGAAGAACAUGCAUGACAUCCUGUCCAAGAACAUGUACAAAAUCAGGCAACGCACGGUGGCGUACACUACCAAGCAUGCGCUGCCCAACGAAAGCCAGAGCAAGGAGAUAUUGAUAAGACGCCACGCCAGCAUCCGCCGCAGCCUCCGACCGGGCAGCUUUCAGUCCUCGGUGGUACCAAAAUCCCAUAAAUACUUCUCUCUUCCUGCUGGGAAAAGCCUGGACUCAAAAUUCCCACCUGGGAUGACCAGCUAUGCAGACGAUGAGGAAACGAUGUCAGAGGCGGCAUACCCAUCCAGGCGCUCUCGCCUGGUGCAGCCCGCUCGCUCCUCCUCCUCCCGAGCCAUGAUGCCCCUACGCAGGCUGGACACCCUAACAGAGGUGCACUCUGUCGACGUGGUGGACGAGAAAGUGGGGGACAGACGCAGGGCGGCGCGGGGCACGUCCAGAACAAACUCCUCCUCCUCCAGGGAUCCCCGCAUUCCUGCUCCCCAGCGCCACCACUCCUCCGCCGACAACGGAAGAGGCUCCGCUGAUAACUUUAGAAACGGGCAUCAUGAAGAGGAAGAGGAGGAGCCGCAGCCUUUGUCUCCAGCUCCUAGCUGGACUGCUGAACCCCGAGAAGACGCAGCACAAAACCCUCUGCUGAGGCGGCCUCAGUGGAAGCCGAAGAAGUAGAAGCCUCUGGACUGCCACAGACUCCGGCUCUGAAGCAGCUCCUGGGUCUCCACGUGAUUUCUAAAUAGAUGAUGACUGGAGGUCUGUUCCUUCUUUGUUAGAAGUGACCCGGCCUCUUAAGUAGAUAGUGAUGUCUCAAAGUCAGGUGUCCACCAAACAAGAAGCACAAUUUCAUCUGUGCAGUUAUUUCACCUAUUCACAUAUAUGUGAUUUUCAAAACUUUAACUUCUUGUAGGAUUUUAUAGACUACGUCAUUUAAACUAUUUUUAUUUGUAGUAAUUAUAUAUCUAUGUAAAUAUUAUACUGUAUGAAUGUAAUACUAAGUGACAGUUGUAUGGUGGGGGAUACACGUUUUUGUAUUUAGGCCAUGAGGAACUAUUGCUGUGCAGUACAAAGUACUCUUGGGACAAACUGGAGGCCUUCUUCUGUCCAUUACAUUGAUGCACCUCACGAGUCUGGGCCCACUUUAUUAUUAUUUUUCUGUAAUAAAUAUGAUGUUGUUGGAA